AUGCCAACCAACGCGCUCUUCUUCUCCUUGCUGCGCUGCCUUCUAAUCUUUACCUUCUCAAGAGUCGUCUUUGCACAGUUCUACCUGGAUAAUGAGACCUCACCUACACACCAAUUCAAGUCGGUAAGCUUUGCGCUACAGAAAGCCAAUUGCCCGCGCGGAAACACGAACCAUUUGCUGACCACCACCAACUUCACCUCUCACAGAGACCAGACCUGCACGCACCCAUUCUCGACUUCGCCAUCCUAAGGCCAGACCUCGUCACGCCCGGCUACAUCUUCCUUGCUCCCUACAGAAACCUCGAUCCCGGACCGUACAUCUACGAUAACCUGGGUAAUCUCGUGUGGUCGGGCGCAGGACACAGCGGACCCAAGACCGCACAUACGCCGCGAGUAUGUCGGUACAAAGGGACGGAUCACCUGUGCUACUUCACGGGAGAGCAGCACCUGGGUUUUGCUCGCGGCCAUGGAGUCAUACUGGAUCAAAACUACCGGACCGUGAAGACGAUUGAGGCGGCUGGCGCGGGCGCGAGCAACGACAUGCACGAGUUCAAAAUCACACCAUACUCCAACGGCACCACUGUGCUCAUGACGGUCUACCAGCCCCGGCAAUACGACGUCACGACGAACCCUCGGUUCAACCUGCACAAUGGUAUCGGCUGGAUCGUGGAAGGUGUAUUCCAAGAAGUUGACAUUGAUACCGGGCGGUUGAUAUUCGAGUGGCGAUCUCUCGACCACGUAGAUCCUUCGCAGGCGUGGACUUUGCCCGGAUCAACGGAUACAAGUGGUGAUGGCCUCCACGAGGAAUCUCCCUGGGAUUACUUCCACCUCAAUUCAGUCGACAAGAACCAGGACGGUGACUACCUCAUCUCGGCACGUCAUGUGAGUGCCAUCUACAAGGUGUCGGGGAAAGAUGGCCACAUCAUGUGGGAGUUGGGUGGAAACAAACCGACUUUCAAGCAGACAAACUUCGCGUUUUCCUACCAACACCACGCGCGAUGGAUAUCGGAGAACCAGACGCAUACAGUUCUCUCCUUCUUCGACAACGCCAGCAGCAGCUUCAAUGCGACUGGUCGCUUUUCGCAUGGUUGGAUCGUGGCAAUCGAUCAUGUCGUGAAAGAGGCAACUGUGAUCAAGGAGUGGGGUGCGCCAAUGCCAGAAGGCGGUCUCUUAUCUACUUCGCAGGGUAAUGUGCAGAUGCUCCCGAAUGGAGGGUGCCAUAUCGGCUGGGGAGAGCACGCCUACUUUUCGGAGCACACGGCGGAUGGCACGACGAUCCAGUUCGCCAAGCUCGCCGAACGCACGUCGAACGUCAUGAUCUAUCGAUCCAACAAAUACAAUUGGACGGCGCAACCGGUCACAAAGCCUGCACUGUGGUCUUUCAGCAAACAGGAGCAGAAGACCGGCUUUUGGGUUUCUUGGAAUGGAGCAACGGAGGUCAAGAGCUGGAAUUUCUACGUCAGCAAUCAAACAUCCGGCCCGUUUGAGCUGGCGGGCAGUGUGAAGAAGACCGGAUUCGAGACCGAGUUCCACAUGCCCACGUUUGCGGGGUGGUCCUUUGCCGAAGCUCUGGAUGGCGAUGGUAGAGCUCUGGAUCGAAGCGUGGUGUCGAAGACUUUCGUGCCUAGCGAGAAGCUCCGGUCGACCUGCGACGAUUCGGGGUGUAAAUAUGCCGAGAGAGUGCCGCCCGAAGCUGAAGUGCCAUAUGAGGCACCGAACGAGGUUCCUGCGGCGCUCUUCUCCACCAACCGAGGAUUCAAUACCAGCCACUACUACGAGGACGUGCCAGGAGCUCCAUACCCAUGGAAUCACAUUGGAGAGUGGGAGGAGCAGAGCGAGGAUGGAGGGUCCGACUCCACGGAGACAGAAGAAGGCAAGCGGAGCUCUAGCAUUGCCGUGCCUCUCGGACUCCUGAUCGGCUUCACGGCGGCCAUCAUCGGCUUCUUCUUUUUCAGAGCCGGAGGCUUCCGCAAGCUACAGAGUACGGCUGUCGAAGUCACGGAAAGCGCCUUCGGAUCCAAGGUGCUUCAACGAUACACGCGCGUGCAUACGAAGGAAUCGGACUAUAGGUCGCAUUCGAGUAGCUCGAGUCGGAGUGGAAUUUUAUGA